UCCUGUGUGUGCUAGCUGCGGGCUGAGCUUCCCGGUACUUAAGGGCCCAGCAACCCCAUGCACCCCAUUAUUAGCCUCUAGUUACCUCACGAUUCUCGUCACCAUGCAGUAGGACCCCCAGCUGCCCCUAAGAGGCCCACACCGAGGCAUUUAACCUCAGUACCCCAAAAUACCCCUUUCCUCCGGUGACCCUGUCCCCAAUCACCAUGGUAUAGUUACCCCAACGCUCACCCGCCCUAUAAUAAUUAUCUCAGGGACCCCCAACUUCCCCAGCCUGUUACCCCCUCACCCCUGCCCAUCCCAAUAUACUACUGUUAUACUACUAACAGCCCCAGGGCCAAGUCAUACACAGGGGCCCUUUAGGGCUUGGGGCAUUUAUAUAAUUUUGGGGCAAGUGCCCUAUUUAUGAUUUAUAGUUUGCGUUGUUUCCCUAAACUGCCCCAUAUCAUAGUAAAUAUUUCUGGGGACCCCCGGGAGCUCAGCGGCCAGCCAUCUGUCCCAGUCCCCCUUCCUGACGCGUUUCACUCGCCGACGCACCCGCCGACAUGGAGCCGAAAUCCAAAGGGAGGCUGCUGGUGUCCACCAGUCUGGAUGCCAAGGACGAGCUGGAAGAGAAGCUGGAGCGCUGCAUGAGUUUGGUGACCUCAAUGACUACCGGCAUGUCAGAGCGGGAGGCAAACGACGCACUCAAUGCUUACGUUUGUAAAGGGCCGUCUCAGCAUGAAGAAGUGUGCCUUGGCCUCUUCACGUUGGUCUUGACUGAACCUGCACAGGCGCAAAAGUGUUACCGCGAUCUGGGCCUCGUUAGCAGAGACGGCAUGAACAUCGUGUUAAACAAGAUCAACCAGCUGCUCAUGGAGAAAUACCUGAAACUACUGGACGUGUGCCGGACACAGCUGGUUUGGCUGGUGCGGGAGCUGGUGAAGAGCGCGGUGUUGGGAGCAGAUGGCGUGUGUAUGACCUUUAUGAAGCAGAUUGCAGGUGGCGAUAUAUCGGCUAAGAACCUAUGGCUGGCGGAGAGCGUGCUGGAAAUACUGACGGAGCAGAGGGAGUGGGUAAUGAAGAGCGGUAUCCUGAUUGCCAUGUCUGUGUACACCUACCUACGGCUGAUUGUGGACCACCACGGGACCCCCCAGCUCCUGACCCUGAGGCAGAAAGAAGUGGAUUUCUGUGUCAUGCUGCUGAGAGAACGGUUCAUGGACUGCUUUAUGAUUGGCCGGGACCUGGUCCGCCUCCUGCAGAACGUCGCUCGCAUCCCGGAGUUCGAUCUGCUUUGGAAGGAUAUGCUGCACAAUCCGCAGGUCCUAAGCCCGCAGUUUACAGGAAUCCUGCAGCUCUUACAAUCUCGCACCUCACGCAAGUUCUUGGCGUGCCGCUUAACCCCAGACAUGGAAACCAAGCUUCUGUUCAUGACGUCGAGGGUGCGCUUCGGGCAGCAGAAGAGAUAUCAGGACUGGUUUCAGCGGCAGUAUCUGUCCACGCCUGACAGUCAGUCCCUGCGCUGUGACCUCAUCCGUUACAUCUGCGGGGUGGUGCACCCAUCCAACGAGGUGCUGAGUUCUGACAUCCUGCCUCGGUGGGCCAUCAUCGGCUGGCUGCUGACCACCUGCACGUCCAAUGUCGCCGCGUCCAACGCCAAGCUGGCUCUGUUUUACGAUUGGCUCUUCUUCAGUCCGGAGAAAGACAGUAUCAUGAACAUCGAGCCGGCCAUCCUGGUGAUGCACCACUCGAUGAAACCGCAUCCCGCCAUCACCGCCACCCUGCUGGAUUUCAUGUGCCGGAUAAUCCCCAACUUUUAUCCGGCGCUGGAGGGACACGUCAGACAGGGGGUGUUCUGCUCGCUCACCCACAUCAUGGAGAAAAGAGUCCUGGCGCACCUGGCCCCUCUGUUUCACAAUCCAAAACUGGACAAGGAACUGCGGUCGAUGCUCCGAGAGAAGUUCCCCGAGUUCUGCAGCCUCCCAUCUCCUGCCUCAGAAAUAAAGGCAGAGGAGCCGGUCUCUAUGGAGAUGGAAAACAACAUGGCGGACAAGGAUGACGGCUGCUACGAUAACUCCGAGGCUGCGUUCAGCGAUGACGAUGAGGAGGUGAACAGCAAAGGUGCCGAUAAAGGGAAGAAGAGGGAAUUCCGCUUCCACCCGAUCAAGGAGCCCAUCAUAGAAGAGCCGGUGGACAUCACGCCUUAUCUGGACCAGCUGGACGAGCCGCUGAAAGAGAAAGUCCUCUCCCUGCAGAAGGAAAGCGACAUGGAGGCGCAGUGCGAGGUGAUGCAGGAUAUAGUGGAGCAGAUUCUGGAGGAUGACUUUGACUCGGAGCAGUUGUCGGUCCUCGCUUCCUGCCUUCAGGAGUUAUUUAAGGCUCACUUCAGAGGAGAGGUCCUUCCGGAGGAGAUUACGGAGGAGUCGUUAGAAGAGUCGGUUGGGAAGCCCCUCUACCUGAUAUUUAGGAACCUGAUCCAGAUGCAGGAGGACAGCAGCGGCUUCUCUCUGCUCCUCGACCUGCUGUCUGAGCUGUACCAGAAACAGCCCAAAAUCGGCUACCACCUGCUGUACUACCUGAAGGCCAGUAAGGCAGCGUCGGGUAAGAUGAGUCUUUACGAGUCCUUUGCUCAGGCCACGCAGCUCGGAGACCUACACACGUGUCUGAUGAUGGAUAUGAAGGCCUGCCAGGAAGACGACGUGCGGUUACUGUGUUACCUGACGCCCUCCAUAUACAGCGAGUUUCCGGAUGAGACGUUACGGAGCGGAGAGCUGCUCAAUAUGAUCGUGGCGGUUAUUGAUUCUGCACAGCUGCAGGAGCUCGUGUGCCAUGUCAUGAUGGGCAACCUGGUGAUGUUCCGGAAAGACUCUGUUUUAAACAUUCUCAUUCAGAGUCUGGAUUGGGAGACGUUCGAGCAGUACUGUACUUGGCAGCUCUUCCUGGCCCACAACAUCCCGCUGGAGACCAUCAUUCCCAUCCUGCAACACCUUAAAUACAAAGAGCACCCGGAGGCGCUGUCCUGUCUCCUUUUACAGCUCCGACGAGAGAAACCCACCGAGGAGAUGGUGAAGAUGGUUUUGAGCCGGCCCUGCCACCCGGAUGAUCAGUUUACUACGAGUAUCCUGCGGCACUGGUGCCUGAAACACGACGACAGCCUGGCCGAGAACAUCAAGUCUUUGCUCAUCAAGAAUAACAGUCUGCCCCGGAAACGCCAAAGCCUCCGGAGCUCCAGCAGCAAACUGGCCCAGCUGACUCUGGAGCAGAUUCUGGAACAUCUGGAUAACCUGCGACUGAACCUGUCCAACACCAAACAGAACUUUUUCAGCCAGACGCCCAUCCUGCAGGCUCUUCAGCACGUCCAGGCGAGCUGCGACGAGGCGCACAAGAUGAAGUUCAGUGACCUCUUCUCCUUGGCAGAGGAAUACGAGGACUCGACAAAGCCCCCCAAGAGCCGGCGGAAAGGCCCGAUGAGCCCACGGAGCAGGAAGAAUGCAGCCCAGCCCCCCAACACGGAGGAAGAGUCGGGGUCCAGCAGCGCGUCGGAGGAAGAGGACACAAAGCCGAAGCCCACCAAGCGGAAACGGAAGGGGUCGGCGGCCGUGGGAUCGGACAGCGACUGACAGCCGGCGACGCAGGACUGCUGACAGUAGGUCAAUGGCACGGGGCCCCGCGAAUACGUGGAUUGUGUGCCGAGGGCCCCCACCGUGAGAUACGUGGCACGCGCUGGUGGCCGCUGGCUGUCGCACCCCGUGGCAGUGCUUUUUAUACGGAUCUUAUGUGCCCCCCAUGCCACUCGGACGUGCCUUGUGGGGGGCGCGAGAGACACAGGACUUCGCACGGACUCAAAGUCUCCUAUUUUCUUACUGAAGUGUAAAUAAAAUGCGAGCGGCGUGGGCCGGCGGGGGCCGCCACGUGCCGCUGACAAUUAAAUGGUCUUUUUAAUAAAAAACAAACAAAAAAAACCCCGGAAAUCUGAACAGAAAACAAAAGUAUUUUAAACAAUAAAAUGUUUUCUCGUCCCGA